GGAAGUUCAAUCGAUAGUUUAGGGGUGGGCUUAUCUUGACCCACUCUCCACUCGGUGAAACUGUCCUCUAGUGGCUCACUGAAAAACUUAAUCACAGUUAAGAUUGUGGUUUCACAAAUACUGCAUUUGUAUUUCUAAGAACCCACUGCAUGUAGUGUUGUAGGUGUUGCUAUGGUGAUGUCAAUCAAAAUGGCUCCUCCUCUUCUGAUCAUUCUGCUCAUGAUUCAAGGGGUUUAUAGUGAUGGUUGGGGUGUGAGUUACAGCUCUUCAUACAUCUGUGCACUAAAGGGGUCAUCAGUGAUAAUGUCCUGCACUUAUAAACACCCUCAUCGAUAUAAGAUCAAGAAAGUGUUCUGGACCAAAACUCUUGUAUUGAACCAUGUGGAGCCCCCAGAUCUGUUUAAUGACCCUGAAUACAGUCAGAGGAUUCAGUAUCUGGGAGAUAAACAGCAGAUCUGCACCAUCAGACUGAAUGAUGUGACACAGAAGGAUUCACACAAGUACUAUUUCAGAUUCAUUACUAAUAAAGAUAAUGGAAGAUGGAUUGGUACACCUGGAGUGACUCUUAAUAUCACAGAUCUUCAUGUGGAGUCUCCUGAGAGUGUGACAGAGGGAGAUACAGUCAGUCUGACAUGUAAAAGCACCUGUAAUCUGACUGACAGAACAACAUUCAUCUGGUGGAAAAACACACAGUCAUUAACUGAGAGAAACAAUAAACUCCUCCUGCAGUCAGUCAGAAGAGAGGAUGCAGGCAGAUAUAGCUGUGCUGUACACGGACACAAUCUCACAUCACCUCAUGUUGAUCUCAAUGUUAAAUAUACCCCAAAGACUGUCUCAGUGUCCAUGAGUGGAUCUGGUGAAAUAGUUUUGGGUGAUUCAGUGACUCUGACCUGCAGCAGUGAUUCAAACCCACCUGCACAAAUCAGCUGGUUUAAAGGGUCAACAUAUGUUGGAUCUGGAGAAAUCUACAGCAUCACAAGUAUCUGCUCUGAUCACAGUGGAGAAUACAAGUGCAAGUCCAGAAAUGAAGUUGGAGAGAAAUACUCUGCUGCUGUCACUUUAAAUGUCAUGUAUUCACCCAGGAAUGUCUCAGUGUCCAUGAGUGAUUCAGUGACUCUGACCUGCAGCAGUGAUUCAAACCCACCUGUUCUGAACUACACCUGGUUUAAGGUGAAUGAAAGUUCAUCUGUUGGAUCGGGACAGAGUUACAGUGCACUACAGAGUGGAUUCUUCUUCUGUGUGGCUCAGAAUCAACAUGGAUCUCAGAGAUCAGCUGCUGUACUGGUCCAUGUGAAUGUACAAUUUUGGAGGAUAAUCCAUACAGUCAUUGUAGUAAUGCUUUGUGGAAUUGUAGCUGCUUUCAUCAUUUUGAUUUUAACUUGCUGUAUGAAGAGGAAGAAUGAGAAACCACAGUCCAAGGAUUAUGUUGACACGAAUGAAGCGCCAAAUUCGAUCUCAUGUGUGUAUGAGAAUGUAAUGAUGGCUCAUCCCAGCUCUGAUGAUCGUGAACCUAUAGUGAGCACACACGUGUAUGAGAAUCUUACACCUUACAGGAAUAUGCUGUAGUGGACAAUGGCAUACAGAAAAAUAAUUUCCAGCUUUUAUGCAUCUUUGUGUGUGGAGCCCUGAAUGAUUGACAGGACUACAAUGAUGACAUUUUACUGAAGCAUUUUGACUUUUCUUUUUUAAAUAGACUAAUAAAGAUACUUUUGUGGCUUUUUGUUGCUUUAAGUAAUGCAAUCAGUUAAGAACUGUAGU